AUGAAUGCGCAGAAUACGAUUGCGGCCUGGCUGCCGGUCAUCGAGUACGUGGUCCAGCCUCCGGCUGGUGGGCACUUCACCACAGACGCAGCUUGGACAGCCGUGUACGGCACGGUUCAAAUCCUCCACUUGAACCGCGCCAUGUUCAACGACCUGGCCUACAACAUGGCAAAGUGGUGUCUCUUGCCUGCCCUUCACUCUCUUGGAGAAGGCGUGCUUCUGAGCGUGCCCGACUUCUUUGACAUGCCACGUUCAGGGCCCAUGUGGCAGGGCGUGCCAGAGGAGACCAGGCAAGAGCUGGUGCGAGCCUUUGUGCAGGAGCGGGUUCUCACACUCUCAUGGCUGGGCAUCAGCUGGAGGAGCGACCACCCCGUGCUGCGGUUGCCCUUCUCCGAGGACUUCAGUCAGCGGUUUUCCCGCUUUGUCCGCGUCAGCUUUGACCUGCGCGGCAUCGUGGACUGGCACGAGCGACGGCAGCUGCAGCAGGCCCAAGCUCUGCCUUGGCCCGGCGUGGUGUACUUUCCUCCUGUGGUGGUGACGCACGCCACUGCUGCCGCCACCACUGCCAUCUCGCCGCAACUGCACAAUGUGCCACACUUGAGAGACGCUGUGGUGCACCUUCACGUCUCCAUUGAAGCCCAGGAGCUGUUGCCCCAAGUGCCUGCUCCACCGGACGACCUCCACGUCGUGCCUGAGUUUGUGCAGCCCCUGGCGUUGGCAGGCAUGGAUACCCUCCACCUUCACACCGCCGAGCCUGUUCGUCACAUACGUCUGUCGAACAUUCGACGCGUCGUGUGGCCCAUGCACUACCAGCAGCGCUUCGUAAGGCUUGAUUUGGAUCAGGUGCAACAGGUGCAGCAAAGGUAUCAGCAACACCACCAACAGCAGCAGCAACAACAGCAGCAGCAACAACAGCAACAGCAGCAGCAGCAGCAGCAGCAACAGCAACAGCAGCAACAGCAACCGCCGCCAAUGUACAUCACCGCGGAUCUGCAGCAAGAGGAUGCAUCGGUUGAACUUGAAGACGUGCAGCAUGUUGAGCUGCUUGUCAACAACCUCGUCCGCCGCCCCGAUCUGCGAGACACGCUUCUUCAGCCAUUCGCGGCUGUUCGUCGCAUUGAUGUCCUGGCAGCGGCCUCAGAAGCAGACAUGGAGGUGCCAGUCAGCCUCCAGCCACUGCGGUUCUCAAAUGUAAGCACCGUGCUGCUCAACAACGUCAGUUUUGUUGAGCUGUCAGCACUUCGUGAUGUUGACGACGUGCGGCUUAUCGGGCCUCAAUUUUAUCACAACGAGACAGAACCCGAUGAGCUUCGCCUGAAUUGCUCGCGCAUUGAAAUCAUGACCUGUGACGUUCCAGUCACUCUGAUUCUGCCGUACGCCACAACGGUGAAGAUUGACACGCAUCACUUUCUCGGCCUCAUACUGGACGGCAAUGAACGCGAUCGUGGCCGACGCGAGAGAGCUGCGCGCCCCAUCGAGUUCAUUCGGCUCGUCACGUGCACCCGCCUCGAGAAGUUCACAGCAAUCGGCCGGAUAUGGGCAGCAGGCGCGACAAUGCUCCUCAGCAACUGUCCAGACUUGGAAACGCUGGCGCUUGGGCAGCCACGUGUGGUGGACGUGGACGGUGAUGGUGACGAGCCGUCAGAGGAACUCCAGACAGCAGCGGUGAGCGACAGCAUGCGCCGUGAUGAGGCGGCACAGGCCCCUGCCCUUAGGCUGCACUGUUUGGAACUGUUUCGCUGCCGGAAAGUUCACUUUGGAUCCAUCUACGCAUGGCUACGCUCUGCACAUACCGUGCAGAUGGAAGCUUUGGCGGACGUGCGACGUUUGCGAGCUUUCAACGGGCCAGGUGCUCCCUCCCAUAUCGAGAUGUUGGUCAGCAGCAACAUCGUGCUGACCAGACAUCAGCGGCAGAUGCUGAACCAGUUUCACGAGGCACGGCACCAGCAACACGGCAGCCAGCAGCGCCGUCACCGCACCAGGCACAAGCACAGGUACAGCAGCAGGCUCAAGCACCAGCAGCACCAGCACCAGCAGCAGCAACACCAGCAGCAGCAACACCAGCAGGGGGACGAUCAACCUCAAAUCAUCUUGCCGCCUGUGCACUUGCCAGGACACAAUCUCAGCCUGCUGCCACCGCCACCGCCACCAGCACAGCAGCACCAGCAGCACCAGCAACACCAGCACCAGCAGGGGGACGAUCAACCUCAAGCCAUGUUGCCACCUGUGCACUUGCCGGGACACAAUCUCAGCCUGCUGCCACCGCCACCGCCACCAGCACAGCAGCACCAGCAACACCAGCUCCAGCACCAGCAGCACCAGCAGCACCAGCAGCACCAGCACCAGCAGAGGGACGAGCAACCUCAAGCCAUGUUGCCGCCUGUGCACUUGCCGGGACACAAUCUCAGCCUGCUGCCACCGCCACCGCCACCAGCACAGCAGCACCAGCAGCACCAGCAGCACCAGCACCAGCAGGGGGACGAUCAACCUCAAGCCAUGUUGCCGCCUGUGCACUUGCCGGGACACAAUCUCAGCCUGCUGCCACCGCCACCAGCACAGCAGCACCAGCACCACCAACACCAAUACUGGCUGCAAGAUAUGGACGAACAGCAGCCCCCUGGUUCAUAG